AGUAGAGAGCCCAACAUGGAGUGCGUUAUUUUGGAUGCGCUCGAGUCUUUAGGAUAUAAAGGUCCUCUUCUGGAUGAAGAUGCUCUUAAUAAAGCAACAGAAUGUGGGCUGGCUUCCCAAGAUUUCUGUGAGCUUUGUGUUUGGCUAAGUUCCAGAAUACAGCCAUUGUGUAAUCUGGAAGAAAGCAUCUCUUCAACAGCUGGUGGUGAAGAUGUUGAAAGUUUACAACUAGAAAUGAGUGGCUUUUUAAAAGAAUUGGCUUGUCCAUAUUCCACACUUGUGUCUGGAGAAAUUAAAGACCGGUUAAAAAAGAAAGAAGAUUGUGUUAAAGUCUUGU